AUUCCUAUAUAUGCGCCAUAUCAAGUGAUCAACUACCUACCUGACAACCAAGAUUAUCCCCUGAGCAUAUAUCCUCCAUUAGCCCCAUUGAAAACAAGCCGAUGAGCCAAGAUGGUGGUCGGCACAGCUAAGCAGAAUCAACGCAGCCACACGAGGGAAGGAGUGGCCGGGAGCAUUCUCCUCCCCAUUUUCCCCGGGCAAUCUAAACAAGGCAAGGCAACGGCAACCACCCGGGGCAGAAACUGGGCGACACAGGGGAAGGGAUUUAAUCGUCUCCCCCGGCCCAGCCCCCCCGUCGACAUGCACCCCACGUUCGCGCCCUGCUUAAAUUAGGCAGGUGCCGCGCGAUCGCUCGACCCCGGACCUUUUUUUUUUAAUUUUUCCCCGGGGGCCGGACGGACGAAUCCGCCUUAAUUUCUUCUUGUUUCCCCUUCAAUUCGUUCCCCCCCAUGCCGGCCGUAUUCGUAGUAGCAGUCGUCGUCGUGCGCCGCAUGUCUUGGACGACGCCAGUUCUUCUCUCUUGAUUUUUUGCUUUGUGUUUGUUGCUCGCUCGGUCGCCCUGCUUCUUGUUGCUGCUGCCAUUGUUGUCGAUUCUGCUGCUGCUCUGAGGAAUUGUUGGUCCGACGGUGCUGCUAGCUAGCUGGUGAUCUUGGUCGACUUCGUCACGGCGGCAGCGGCGGUGCUCCAGCGUCCAGGGGGCCUGGACGCCUUGCGCACAAAGUUCCCAGCAGUUAGUGCGCGUUGGGCGUCAAGCUCGAGGCGGUGGGCUGGGUGAUGGUUCGGUUCCUCCGGCGCCACAGCCUUGACAAGAGCAGCUCCCGCAACCACCUGCAGCAGCAGCAGCAGCAGAAUCGAGAGGCAGACAACAGCGACGCCGAGAUGACCGACGGGAGCACUCCCCCGCUCCCCAAUGGCCGGGCCGCGCCGAGGGGCCGGCGCGACGGGCCGCCCUCAGAUUUGGACGUGAUGAAGGAGAAGUUCGCCAAGCUGCUGCUGGGCGAGGACAUGUCGGGCACGGGCAAAGGCGUGUCGUCGGCGCUGGCGCUGUCGAAUGCCGUGACGAACCUGGCUGCGUCCGUGUUCGGCGAGCACCGCAAGCUGGAGCCCAUGGCGCCCGACACCAAGGAGCGCUGGAAGAAGGAGGUGGGCUGGCUGCUGUCCGUCACGGACCACAUCGUGGAGUUCGUGCCCACGCGCCAGACCGCCGAGAACGGCACCACCAUGGAGAUCAUGUCCACGUCGCAGCGCCGCGACCUCGCCAUGAACAUCCCCGCCCUGCGCAAGCUCGACGCCAUGCUCAUCGGGUACAUGGACAACUUCGUGGACCAGACGGAGUUCUGGUACGAGAAGGGCGGCGACAACAAGCGCGACGACGACAAGUGGUGGAUGCCGACGGUGAAAGUGCCCGCGGAGGGGCUGUCGGAGGUGACCCGGAGGUGGCUGCAGUACCAGAAGGAGUGCGUGAACCAGGUGCUGAAGGCGGCCAUGGCCAUCAACGCGCAGGUGCUGGUGGAGAUGGAGAUCCCGGAGGUGUACAUCGAGUCGCUGCCCAAGAAGGGCAAGACGAGCCUGGGCGACGCCAUCUACCGCAGCAUCACGGACGAGGACUUCGACCCCAUCGAGUUCCUGGAAGGCGUGGACCUCUCCACGGAGCACAAGGUGCUCGACCUCAAGAACCGCAUCGAGGCCUCCACCAUCAUCUGGAAGCGCAAGAUGCAGACCAAGGACACCAAGUCCUCCUGGGGCUCCAUCAUCAGCUUCGAGAAGCGCGAGCAGUUCGAGGAGCGCGCCGAGACCAUCCUCCACCUCCUCAAGCUCCAGUUCCCCGGCACCCCCCAGUCCCAGCUCGACAUCUCCAAGAUCCAAUACAACAGGGAUGUGGGGUACGCGCUGUUGGAGAGCUACUCGAGGGUGCUGGAGAGCCUGGCGUACAGCGUGAUGUCGAGGAUCGAGGACGUGCUGGGGGCGGACGCGGCGGCGACGAACCUGACGGCGAGCGAGGCGGCGAGGAGGCAGGAGAUGGACGCGCCGAGGAAGCUGGACGCCAGGGAGGAGCUGGAGAAGCUCAACGAGGCGCCGGCGUCCAUGACGCUCUACGACUUCAUGGGCUGGCACUUCGACCAGGACGAGCUCAUGCGGAAGAAGGAGGAAGGCACGCUCGACGAGGCCGGCGAGGCCAAGCUCAAGAAGGCGCCCAGCCAGCUCGCGCCCAAGAAGUUCUCCUACGUCGACAGCCUCGCCGGAUCAGGCAUGCGGAGCCCCUCCGCGCGCCAUUGAUACUUCAUUUCUUCGUCGUUACAGAACUGGCACAAAUUGAGCAAGACAACAAUGGGGGACGAUGGAUGGAUCCAACAGCAGAGAUGGGCAUGGCUAUUGUACAUAUCUGGGGCACACAACACACACACACGCUACGUACUGGAGAUCGAUCUUCACUGGACUGCCGAGAGAUCACCAUCAGCUCGAACCGAUCAGUCGGCCUCGUUCUUCUCCUACCGACCCUAUCUUCUUGACAAGGGGAAAGAAAGAACGAAGACGAUGAUCUGAUCUGCUGACUCUACAAUUUACUAGUACAUCUCUUUGCUCUCCGUCCGACAUGCAAGAAGGGUUGCUGUUGUACGUACGUAGCUACUGAUUUUCACACAAACAAACAAACAAAACCUAGUAUGUAUUUUUGUACCUAGUUCUGAAUUUACUCUCCGGAAGAGGAGACGCUAAACUCUGGGGUAUAUGUAUGCGACUUACUACUACCACGCGGCCAAACACAUUGUAUAUUCAUUCAUUUGAUUCAAGCUAAUCUUUUCUAGACUCGA